AUGUCACCACAAUGGAUGCCUCAAAACUUACAAAAAAGGCUCUUGCUGUAUGUGCUACAACAACUAUCACUAUUUUCAGAGAUUGAUUUGCCAAAUUUAGAUGUAUCACUUGGUUCAAGCUCAAAAGUUACGUUAAAAGAUGUUGAUCUUGAUCCUGAUGCCCUCCAAAUACCUGGUGCUUUUCUAAGGAAUGGUAGAGUAAAAAAUCUUGAAUUACAAUUAAAUAUGAGCGGGGGCGUUAGUAUAGAAGCUGAUGGUCUAGAACUAACAAUGGCACUUGCUUCACCAAACUCCAAUGCAAACUCUGAAGGUAGUUUCACUGAGAAAUCAAAAUUUUCAUUAGCUCAAAGUACAAUGGGAUUAGCUACAAGUGUGAUGAAUGUUGAAACUGAAGCCCAAGAAGAUCUAGAAUCAACAUCUGAUCUCCAAACUCCAAAUCAAAGUUUCCAUGAAAGUUCAGUUGAUAAUGACAAUACUUCAGAUAACAAUAAAGGCCCGAUGGGUAAUGUUAUGACUAGGGCAGUGGAAGCUGCUUUAGCAAGAUUGCAAGUUUCAUUAAAAGACAUAUCGGUACGACUAAUAAUGGAUCAAGCUACUGUGGAUUUGGUAAUACAGAAUGGAUCAUUUGUUACGAAUGAUGGUGAAAGAAUAAUAGAGCUUGGUGAGAUUUCAGUCUUGACAGUUAAACCGUUUUGUGAACCAGGUGAUCAAACAGAACUCAACGAAGAAAACAGUGAAGUACAUGAAAAUAUACCAGAUAGUGUAUCAACGCUAAGACCAACCAAUGAAGAUCAAUGUGAUGAAUCAGAGAACGGAAAAGAAGAAGAAGAAGAAGAAGAAGACGAAGAAUUUCACGAUGACAAUAUUAGUGAUCAAGGCUCAGAUGAUGAUUCAGAUGAUGAUGGUAUGAUGUCUUCUUCCAUUUUACAAAAACCAACAGAUUUAGGAUCAAGUCUUGUAUACUCAAAAGAAGAAGCCAGUUCAAUUUAUAUGAGUGCCACAUCUAACAUCUUGGAGAAGAAACAUAGUGAUGAUCAUUCGACAAAACUAUGUCACAUAAAUAAAGCAAAAAUUUUUUUCAGUGGUCUUUCUAACAUCAAAAAUUUGAAACUAGAAGUGGACCAGAUCAACAUUGCAGCAACACCAUUACCAACUACUUUACUUUAUGUUUUGGAGUCAUUGGCCAUUUUGAAUCUUCAAGACACAAUAAAAAGACAUUCAAGUUUAAAUAAAAAGUUUAAUCAAUUAAGGCAACCAAUUCCUGUCUCAAAUAUCAAUACAGAUGAUUCAAGUAAAGGUUUUGAUUCAAUUACUAUAUCAUCCAUAAUUAUAGGUUUAUCAUCUGCACUUAAAGAAGAUGGUACUUUUUUUAAUCCUUAUGGACUAAGAUUAGUCGGCAAAGAGAUAACGGUAACUCAAGGAGAUGAAAGUUUAAUGUUUGGAGGUGUAAAGUCCUUGAGCGCCUUGAAGAAUAAGGAUGAACCUAUACUAAAAUUUGAAGGUGAUGAUACAAAGAAUGAUUUACGCUUUGAAAGCAAUAUCAAAACAGGUGAUACGACGAUACUAUUACCCAAACAUCUCAAUUUGAACAUGGAUCAAGAAUCAACACAAAAAUUGAUUGAUUUAUCCUCUCUGAUACCACAAAUACUAGAUUCAUUAACAAAGUUAAGCUCAUCAAAGUCCACAAAGCCAGCUACAGCAUCAAAAGGUUCCUUAAUAUUCCAGAAUUCAUCUACGAACAUAAACUUUAGGCUAGAAGAGGAUCAAAGCUUGGGAUUAUCAGUCAGUCCAAUAUCAUAUGAUUCAUCUCAAGGCUCAAUUUCUUUAAAGAAAGCAACCAUUACCCAAAAUAACGUAUCAUUAGGGUCAUUACACAAUUUGAAAGUUGAUAUUCUGAAAACUGAUAAGCAAAUAAGGUCAUAUGAUAAUUCAGGUCAUGAAAUUGUCUUAACUUGUCCUUGCUUUGUUGGUAUUGAAAAGAUUGAAUUUGAACAAAGAGCAUCUGCUUUGAAACAAGUUGCUCAGAGUAUUUCUCAAUUUGUUGAUAAUAUUAGUUUCCCAAAUGAAGAAAUCAGGUUCAAGGGAAGAAAGAAGGCUAAGAUUUCUAAUAAUUUGGUAUUUCAAGCUAGACAAGCUGUUAAAACCCAAAUAACUAUUAAAGAAUUGAAUUUCGUUGUUAAAGAAAUACUACCCGAAUUUGGUGGCAUUAGUUCUUCUUUGAGAAAUAUUAGUGUUUCAUUGUUGAAAGAUGGUCAAGUUCAAUUGCACUCUACUAGCUUCAAUGUUACAAGAAUAAAAGGUCUUUUCGAAGAAGAUGUGAUUUCACCAAUUAAUAUCGAUGAUAAGAGUGCACCAAUACUCUCACUUAGACUAAGAAAAAAUAAAAAUAUCCACGGUUUCUUAAGAAAUACAGCAGUUGAAUAUUAUACUUCAUGGAUAUCGUUAUUAAAUAAUCAAAGUGGUAAGGAUACACCAUCAGAAACAUCAUCAGAAGAAUCUUCUCUUCAGGCCUCCACCACAAAUGGUGAUAGUAAUAAUUGUUUCAACAUCACAUUGGUGGAAUGUUCUAUAGGGUUAAAUCCUGGAAGAUUGCAUUCAAAGGCAUAUUUGGUCACCAAAAGUGGAAAUGUUGAUGUUAAGCUUUCUUCACUUAUCAUGGUUAAGACUCAAGUACGCUCAGCAGUCUUAGUAUUGAUUGAUGAUGUUAAAAAUAUAUUAACAAGAGAAGAAGCCAAAAAAUUCAAUAAUAUUACAUCUUCAAGAAACCCAUCAUCAUCAUGGUCUCAAGCAUCAAAUUUAAACAAUAGAGGUUUCACAUCGGUUGCUAAUAUUAAUUCACUUCAUAUUGAUACUUCAAUUAAGAAGAAUCAACUUGGUUUAAAGGCUAAUGGUAGCAUAAUUGAUAUGAAUAUUACUGCUGAUAAUCUAGACAUAGAACUAUGUGCUGACUCAUCACAAUGUCUAACACAAUUACUUAACGAUCUGAAACAACCAGUGUCAAUUAAUAAUGAUUUAAAAUAUAAAUCACAAGCUCCAGGAGAGCUGAAUAUAUUUGAUGGUGUUGAUGAAAAUGCUUUUAAACCAACAUUAGAUGAUUUAAUAUUGUCACAAGAUUCAGGAGUUAAGGCACCAGAACCGUUAAACAUUGUUGAUAGCUACUAUGAUGGUAAUGAUAAUAAUGGUGACUCUGAUAUUGAUGAUCAAACUUCAGUUGAUCUGUCUGGUACAAACAUUUUGGAUAAGAAUCUCGAUGAAUUAACAAUAAAAGAUAAAAGUCUUUCAAAGAAUCCAUAUUUCACUAAUGAUUCACCAACUUCAGUGACACAUUCAGGUAAUGGUAUUUCUAGUAACUCUUCUCCAAACAUAGCUGCUGAUGGUUCUGAUAAAUCUGAUUCAUUAAUUAUGUUUACAGAUAGUCAUUUCGAUCAAAGCUCAAGUGAUAACUUGAAAGAAUCAUCAAAGAAAAUUGAAUACCCAAUGACAAUCAAUAUAAAUGUCAAUGAAAUUUCUUUAAAAAUAUAUGAUGGUUAUGACUGGAAACAUACCAGGAGAACAAUCAGCAAUACAAUAAAGAAAUUGGAGAAGAAAGCUGCAAAAGAGAAAGAAAGAAGAGAACAUUCAGAAAGAAGGAGAAGAUCAUCACCAUCAUCAUCUAUUCAAAGAAACAAUAAUAACCAAAGAGCAUCAGAACAAGACAAUGAUGAAGAUGAAGAAGAUAAUGACAACAUUGUUGGAGAAACAUUAUUUGAUUCUAUUCAUGUUGCAUUCCCAAUUGGCUCUGAUUCUUCAAAAUUAACUGCCAAAAUUAAUAAAGAUCUACAUAAUAAAGACCAAGAAGAAGAUGUUUCAGGAGCUAGUGUUGAUAAUAAUGGUAUUGAAGUUGGUAAGAAUAAUAUUAAAAAACUAAAGCUUCGUCGUUCUAAAUUCCAUAAAAUUUUAAUUGAGAUUCAUGAAUUAGAAGCCAACAUUAAAAUUAUUUCAAAUAAUGAUCCAAUUUCAAGCUCUACUGUUAAGAAUGAGUAUGAUUAUGAGCUUUUAAAUGAUAUUGAUAUUAAAGUUGCAGAUUUUGAAGUCAUUGAUAAUGUACCAACUUCAACUUGGAAUAAAUUUGUUACUGAAAUGAAAGAUACAGAAAGAGAAAGUGGAGCAUCUAUGCUUUCUGUCAACUUUAAAACUGUUAGACCUGUUAUGUCUUUAGCUGCCACUGAAUUAUUGAUGGAUGUUAAUGUAUUACCAUUAAGAUUACACGUUGAUCAAGAUACAUUGGAAAUCUUAACAAGAUUUGGUGAAUUCAAAGAUAUUCGUUUUAAUUUAGUUGAUGAGUUUGAAGAUAUAGUUUAUAUUCAAAAAUUUCAAAUCAAUUCAGUUCAUAUUAAACUUGAUUAUAAACCUAAGAAAAUUGAUUAUUCAGGUUUAAGAUCAGGUCAUACAACUGAAUUUAUGAAUUUUUUCAUUCUUGAUGAAGCUGAUAUGAUUUUGAAAAAAAUUACACUUUAUGGUAUUUCUGGUUUCCCAAAACUUGGUAAAUUAUUAAAUGGAUUAUGGAUGCCAGAUAUUAGAUCAACUCAAUUAAGUGGUGUUUUAUCAGGUUUAGCAUCAGUUAGAUCCUUGGUUCAAAUUGGUAAUGGUGUUAAAGGGUUAGUUGUUGUACCUAUGAAAGAAUAUAAGAAAGAUGGUAGAAUUUAUAGAAGUUUCUCUAAAGGUGUUGAACAUUUCACUAAGAAUACAACAAAUGAAUUAUUAAAAUUUGGUGUUAAAAUUGCAGCUGGUACUCAAACAUUACUGGAACAUACAGAGGAAGUAUUUGGUGGUAAUGGUGCACAAUCAAGAAUACCAAGAAAUAGUAGAGCAACAACAUCAUCAACAAGAAGAAUUCGUCGUGGUAAUGAAGUUAUUUAUGAAGAAGAUGAAAGUGAUGAUUCCAUUGAAGAUGAUGAUUCAUUGGAUGAAACUGAUGAUAGAAAUCGUUCAAAAGCAAAUUUUGGAUCACAAUUGAUUGGAAGAAGUUCAUUAUCUCAAACUCCAUUACAAAGAUCAAUUCAUCCAUCAUUAGAAUCAUUUAUUGAUUUAAAUAGAGAAUCCAAUUCACAAACGAGAAGAAAUAAAAGACAACAAAGAGAUUUAGUUCAUAUAAAUGGUGAUGAUUUUGAAAUUGAAGAAUUUCAUGAAAUUGGAGGAGUUGGAUUAAAUGAAGAUGAAGAUGAUGAAACUCAAAAAACAAUAAGUCUUUAUGCAGAUCAACCAACAAAUUUAAAAGAAGGUUUUAAAUUAGCUUAUGAUUCAUUUGGUAGAAAUUUUUUAAUUGCUAAAGAUGCUAUUUUAAAUGCAGGAUCAGAGAUUGGAGAAAGUGGUAGUGCACAUGAUACAACAAUAGCUGUGGCAAAAGCUACACCAGUUGCACUUAUAAGACCAAUGAUUGGAGCUACAGAAGCUGUUUCAAAAGCAUUAUUAGGUGUUACAAAUCAAUUAGAUCCAAAUCAAAGAAAAUAUAUUGAAGAUAAAUAUAAACAUUUCAAAAAAUGA